AUGACGCGGCGUGAAAAAAUCUGCCAAAUUCCUAUCCUAGCCUCCAAAUUGUUUUUGGCCGGCGCCGACGACCUAUCGUCUUGUUGGGGCGACGACAUGGGCUCGUUCUCUCUGCCACUGGAUUUGGAACCGUUACCGAGUUUGUUCAACAUCUCCCCGUGCGGCAACGCAACUGGCAACGCCGCCUAUAAAUCAGAACAGAGCUUCCAGAACCAAAACCCGCUGCUCUACAGGGACAACAAGCAACCGACGUCGGACGUAGCUGACGUCUUGCUCAGCUUGAAGCAUGCGGUCGUCUACCCGAGCCCUACGGAGAAGUGCGACUCGCAACCCCACGUGUGCCAUUCCCAGGUGCUGCUCUCACCUAGCGGCUACGCUGGAUCGAGCCUCUACGAUCAAAACUACGGUCUACCUCAGCAACCGUCGAUAUUCCCCAGCAUGUCAGUCAACGUGUCGAUGAACAUGACGAUGCACGGAUACCAUCCGAACACCGGGUAUUCCCCUCCAGACUUACCGACCACCCACGUCCAAUGGACGACGAAUGGUCAGAAUGCGCAGCAGAACGCGUACCAAACGCAGGGCAUGCUCAAUGCCCCCUACAACGGCACCUAUUCGUUCACGGCGGAUUUCCGGCCCACCCCGGAACCUUCCGGUUCCGCCUACAAGCCGGCAUCAAUGCCGUUCGCGUCACCGCUCAGAAAGCAGGGACUAAAUUUGAUCGAGGACGGUCAGAAGCCCAACGUGUGCCGGAUAUGCGGCAAAAGCUACGCUAGACCGAGCACACUGAAGACUCACCUGCGCACUCACAGCGGCGAGAAACCCUUCCGUUGCGUCGAUUGCAACAAGUCGUUCUCACAGGCGGCGAAUCUGACCGCGCACGUGCGCACUCAUUCCGGUGAGAAGCCUUUCCGGUGCCCGGUGUGCGACAGGCGAUUUUCGCAAAGCUCGUCGGUCACCACGCACAUGCGCACGCAUUCCGGCGAACGUCCUUACAGAUGCAGACUGUGCAAGAAGGCCUUCUCGGACAGCAGCACCCUCACCAAGCACCUGAGAAUACACAGCGGAGAAAAACCUUACGAAUGCAAGCUGUGCCUGUUGAGGUUCAGUCAGAGCGGAAACCUCAACAGGCACAUGAGAGUUCACAACGCAACAGUCAGCGGGUUACCACCGUGACACCAACUAUAUUUCUGGGAUACAUGUAGAAGCGUGUUCGUUCUGAAGCAAGCGUCGCCUCGCGAUAAAAGGCUUCGCAGCGUUGCCGGUUCUAUCGCCACAUCUCUGCACGACACUGGUUAAAGGAGGGUUUACGUUGAGGUGCCCGAGCUGUUACCAAAGGACUUUUUCAAGGUCGCGAAGGAGAUCGUCCGAGAAAAAUGCGUCUCAACAACGAAAAUGCAUUAAAAAUUAUU